UACUAUCACGCGCUUACGUACGCGCUCCUUACAUAGUUUAUCAUCAAAAUCAAAAACUACCAAAAUUUGAUCUUUUGUUUUGCUUCGAUCGUGUUUUUCUUUUUUAAAUAAAUUUGAUCAUCUUCUUCCCCUCCUAUUUUUUUCUUGAUUUUCAAAUUCUCAUCAUCAAAUUAUUCUUUUGUCUUUCCCUUAAAAGAUUCCCGGGAAAGCCAAGGAAAACGCGAGAAAAUUAAUAAUCAUUUCCUAAACUUUUUUUUUAAUUAAUGAUUCUUAAAAACCUUCCAGCUCAAGUUUGGUAGCAAGUAAGCACAAACAUUAUUAUUGAUCUUAACUUUGGAGAAAGAAAGACUUUAAAUUUCCUUCUGAAUUUUCAAAAAAAACCCCUUUUUUUAGAAAAUUAGUUGUGUUCUUUAAAGAUAUAUAUAUAUAGAGAGAGAGAGAGAGAUUGAUUAAGCUUUUUGAGUUUUAUUGAUUCUCGUGUCAUAUCAAUUCUUCCCCCCCCACCACCGGAGAAGUCACCUAACUCGGCGGCGACUACAACAUUCUUCCAGUUGAAAGCAAAACCCUAGAAACCUAGUCUUCUCUUCUGGGUUAAUCGGAGAAAGCUGAUGAGGUCACGAGGUGAUGUCUCUGAAGCUGAUGGUAGAUCAGAAGCUGGCUCUUCAAGAAGCGAAGAUGAUAAUACACUUCUUAAGGAGAAAACAUCAAGUUCGCUAAACGGGUCUCAAAGAUCUGGCAAAAGUUUGAGAAAUGACGAGCCUGGUGAGCUUAACUACGGUUCAGAUUCUUCUUCUAAGAACACGAGCAGCAACCCUAUUGAGUAUACUGAGCAAGAACGAGCUGAGCUUCUAAGAAGGUUAGAUUCAAUCAAAGAUCAUCUCCUCCGUGGUGGUGGUGGUGGUAAUGCAGUUGAUAAAACUAAAGAACAAGAUCAGAAUCAGCCAUUUCUUAGACCAGUUCAUCUCCAUGGUCCUAAUCCUAACCCUGGUCCUUCUUAUUACCAUCCAUAUCCAGAGCCAGUUCCUUACCCUGGAAUGUAUCCUCAAGGUUACCAAGAUCCUUAUGGGUAUCAAAUCCAUAGAAGGCCACCCCCAGUUCCUAAUCCUAACUGGUAUCCUCCUCCUGGUCAUUACCCUAAUCAGAUGACUCGUCCAUAUCCUGUUGGUCAAUAUGUUGAAAUUGGUUCUGAUAUCGUUGAGCCACAUUCAUACUAUCCAGCUACACCAAGUAGGUAUGGUGACUUGCCUCCGUACAGUCCUGUUUCUUCUCACCAUCGUGGUGAGAAACUUACUACACAGUACAGUGAUAUGCCUCCCUAUAGCCCUGUUUCUUCUUACCAUCGUGGCGAGAAACUCAUGGCACCUUACAGUCCGCGUGCCAAUAACAACAGUUCGAGUUUUCAAUCUUCGAUGGGUUCUACAGGUCCUAGAGGUGGUUACGCAAGGUGGCCAAGUGAUCUUGAUUCCGAAAUGGGUGGUGGUGCUUUUGCUCGUGGUUAUGUUAAGAAAGCUGUGUCGGAUACUGAUGCUCGUCGUUGCCAUCCUCUUGGUGGUGGUGCUCCUUUCAUAGCUUGUCACAGUUGCUUCGAGCUGCUUUACUUGCCUAAGAAGAAGCUUUUGGCUCAGGAAAGGAGGCAACAUAAGCUUCAAUGUGGUGCUUGUUCUGAAGUUAUUAGUUUCACAAUCGUUGAUAAGAAACUCGUUUUCUCUUCUGGUAAUGAGGAAACCAACCUAGUCUCUGAAGAGGUUGAAGAUAGAAGCACAACAAACACAGCGGUGGUAGAGGAACUUUCUUCUGUUGAUUUCAACAACUCAGGUAGCGAUCUUCAGUGUAAAGAUGAAGAAGAACCAAUACAGAGGAAUGAUCAGGAUACUAUGGUAAGCAUCCGGUCUGAAUCUCAACACUCGGAUGAUGAAGAGAGAUCAAGCAUUUCUAGUGAUCAACAACAGAAGGAGGUCAAAUCUGUUCGUCGGCGAGGUAAAGGCUCAAAUGCGUCUGAAUCAGCUGCUCCUGAUACUAGUGCUAGUCUCCUUGAACUUUUUGAGUAUUCUAAUGUAAACCGAGCUGCACUCGCUUACGGAAUGGCGCAGUUAGGUUAUGAAAAACCGGAUAAGCAAAAAAAGUCUUACAUGAAACAGGACUCACCGAAACCGGAAUCAGUAGCUACAGAGACAGAGGUUUCUUACAACGGAUACUCUAACACAGAGAUCUCUGAAGAUUCAAGGUACUCAAACGGAAGAGAAGACAACAACAACAACAGACCAAGAAGCAGAAAGGGUAGUGAGUACGGGUCCACAGAGGUCACAACGAGGUCCUCUACUGAUCUGAAUGAAGAUGAGAUGAAGUCAUUAGAGGUUUGGGUGAAUGGACAUCUUAUACCGGAAGAUCUUGUUAGCAGUGCUGAGAAAGUUGCUGGACCAAUCCAAGCUGGAAAGUAUUGGUAUGAUUACCGAGCUGGGUUCUGGGGCGUGAUGAGUAAGCCAUGUCUCGGUAUAAUACCUCCGUUUAUUGAAGAGUUUAGCCAUCCAAUGCCUGAUAACUGCGCUGCAGGAAACACAGACGUGUUUGUGAAUGGAAGAGAGCUUCACAAGAGAGAUUUCGAGUUACUAGUGGGUCGUGGUCUUCCUAAAGACAAGAACCGUUCUUACAUUGUUGAUAUAUCAGGAAGAAUCCUUGAUGGAGAUUCAGGUGAAGAACUUAAGAGCCUUGGCAAAUUAGCCCCAACGAUUGAGAAGGUGAAGCAUGGAUUCGGCAUGAGAGUUCCAAGAUCAUUAGCUUCAUGAAAAGCUCUCCCACAAGUAAUAGCAACACAACCAAAUAUGACUCUGCCUCUUUGUUACAAUCUUCAUAUUAUUUAUUUGUUUUAAAAAAAAAAAAGUAAUUGUAAAGUGUGCUUUUUUAUUCACGACAAAGGGUUAGAUUUUGAUUUGACGAUUGAUUUUGUUUUUUUUUUUCUUCUAAAAUUAUCUUUGAGGAAAAUAUCUGUAAUAUUUUUUUUUGUCGCUGGUCUUGUACUCUUGUUAGUAUAGGACGACGUAGACCUUUUUUUUUUUUUUUAACUCUCCUCCUCACUGGUCAAACUGAGUUGCUCGGAGCUAUCAGAACCCGGUUAGGAGGGGGUUAUUAGUGUUAUGAAUAUACAAACCGGGUUAUCUCGGUGUAAGGUUUGUAAUAUUUAUUUCCCAUUCUUUUUCCU